AUGAUGGAAAGCUUGCCCAUCGACACGUCUCACCCUGCCGUGCGGGACUACCUCGCGCUCAUCAGGCUGCAGGUCCUCACGCCGCUCUCGCUCCUCAUCAACAUUGCCACCGUGAUCGUGUGCGCAUUCGUGCUGCAUCCUAGUCUCAGAGACAUAUCCCGCGAAUAUCCCUCGACCAUCGCGCCCAGCAACUCGAUGAUAGCUGUCUUCAUCACGUUAAUAUACAUCGCCCAGGUUGGCUACUGCGUCCUGCUCGUGCUUGCGCGGAAGCCUGAGACAAAGGCGUCCCUUGUGAAGGGUGUGGGAUACCCGCUUGUAGUUGCCAACUGGGUCAUGGCAGCAUGGGCUAUUACAUGGGUACUCCAAGCGUUCUUCGUCUCGACAGUCCUACUUGGAAUCUUGCUUGUGCUCCUGAUCUAUGCAAAUCUCAACCUGCUCAUAUACCACACCUGUUGUACGCCCGACUUUUACGGUGCCCUUAAGGCCUCAGCUGAUGGUUUUCUUGGCAGCGUCACCCUAGGCUGGACGUUCUCCCCUGGCGAGCCCCAGCAUUACUCACCGCACCAGUGGGCUGGGUUCGGUGUUGUCCUGGGCGUGAACAUACUCGGCCUCCUUGUCGUCAUUGUACGCCAGGAUAUCGUCUGGUGCCUCUCCGCCAGCUGGCUGUCCGCGAGCCUUUGGAGCCGUACACCGAAGCCGAUGCCCAUCUGGCUCACCGCCGUGCUGUUUACGAUCGCACACCCGCUCGCGCUUGUCGUUUCCUGGCUAUGGAUGCGCUUCCGUGCGCACCGCCAGGGCGCGAUCCAGCUCGCGCCGGACAACGAGGAGGGUGUUGUCCAAGGACAGGGACGGCAGGGCGGUCCGCGAGAGGUUGAUGUCGAUGCGCUGUGGGGGUGA